CCGACUCUCGGCUUCUUCUUCCUUCUCAACGACUUUCUUCUUCUUCCUGACACACCUCGACAACCACUUCGACAACACCAAACACUCACCACAGACAAACCCCUCCACGCACAAUCGCCAUGCCUCGUCAACGCUCCGUCGGCCGCGCUCCCUCGCGCCCUACCGCCUCGGCCCCCGCGCCCCAGCCGCACCGCCCGGCCACCACCAUGGCUGCUCCUCCUCCCGCGGCCGCCGCCCCUCCCCAGCCCAUGAUGACCCAGGCCGCUCCCCAGGGCCCCGGCCUCUUCGGCCAGAUGGCCAGCACUGCUGCUGGUGUCGCUAUCGGCUCUUCGGUCGGCCACGCCAUCGGCGGUCUCUUCUCCGGCGGCUCCUCCGAGCCUGCUGCCGCUCCCGCCGCGGCCCCCGUCCAGGCUCAGGCCUCUUCCCAAGACCAGUACAACAACAACAACUGCGCCGCCUCUGCCCAGAGCUUCACCAAGUGCAUGGACGACAACGGUGGCAACAUGCAGAUCUGCAACUGGUACCUCGAGCAGCUCAAGGCUUGCCAGGCCGCCGCCACUCAGUACUAAGUUGCACGGAGCUGGACAAAAUGGGGAGUUCGCUCAGGGACGGAUAGGGAUAUGACACAAUGAACUACACGUGGUAAAAUGAUAGCAUCAGAGACAGAUCUACGCAGAUGGAUUCUCUCUAAGCGUGCGUGCGUACUUGAAUGGGGGAAUGACUACUAUUACAACUCGGCACUAUCAACUGUAUAAUACCU